AUGAUUGCUUUGGAGCAAAGAUGUGGUGCCCCACACCUUCUGGAAAUGCGGAGUUGGGGUCGCAUCCGCCCUCUGACGCAGUGCGUACUGCGUCGCGACGCGCUGCGCAUGGCCGAUAAGAUAGGUCCCAAAUAUACUGCCGAGCCACCAGCGACUGCAAAACCCAAGCGAGGGAGGCCAUCGAUAGACAAGAACAAAGACACGACGAGCUCGGAGGGAAGGAAACGACCGCGCUCAUCCCUACCGUCCGAUCCGUCGGCAACAACAACGACAAAGAAAAAGCGCGGCCGGCCAUCGGCAGCACAAGCACAAGAUAGUGCCAAGGAGCCGCAGACGGAACCAGAGCCAACAAGACCGAGGAAGAGGCGGCGGGGGUCUGGCGAGACUGCGGAAGCGCAGCCCGGUUCCGACUCUGAAGGCUCACCACCUCCAUACCGACACCUCGAAUCCCGCACUCGGCACAUCUCUCGCAGCACCAUCGAAGACAAGUGGGAGCCGCUCGACAAGCCGUCCAUAGCAAAUGUCACGGCCCUCCUCGGCUCGGCGGCCCGGCCAGUCCUCCUGCGCCUACGAAACAUGCAGAAGCAUACGCAGGCUACAGCAAUCUUGAACGCGGUGGGCAAUAGGCUGCGCAACAAGCUCACGCGCGGGAUGCCGUUCCCGCCAGCCGCGACCGCGGGCAAGCGCGAGGACGAGCUCGAGUUCGAGAAGACAAUCGCCGGGCUCGAGGCGCUCGAGUAUCAGCUCGACCCGUUACUGCACAGCGUGCAGCUGCUCCGGCGGGAAAAAGAGCGCGCCGAGAAGGAGCUUGAGAAGGAGUAUAAGGUGCUCAAUCGGCUCACUGCGAAUGCGCGCACGGCGGCACGAGAGAGGAGGGAGCACAUCCGGAAGAUGCACGGGCUUGUUCCCGAGCGGCCUUCAGAUCGCGCCGACGACGAAACAGCAGGCGAGGAAAGUGCUGUACCCGCUGUGGACACAGCCUCGAGCGGAGGAAAUGUCUUUGUCGGACUGGAUGAGCAGGAUAAAGAACUUGCCAGUCUCGCGACGCAGAUUGCGAACCACAUGGACAGCCUCAAGGGCAACCUACGCCAGAUUGACGGCGUGGUGCCCGCGAUCGGACAGAGCCAGGCCGCGCUGAGGGCGCGUUUACUGGAGCACUUUGAUACCGAUGUAGUCGACAAAGUUGUGCUAGGCUGA